AUGAAGUUCACCACGGCUCUCUACCUCGUCCUCACCUCCUCGGUGGCCGCUAUGCCCGCCGAGGAUCUUUCGAAGCGUCAGGCCGUCAACCGCGGCUCAAAUACUCUCGUAUUCAAAGAGCAGGAUGGUGUACCUGGAAACGAGUGCCUCACUUUCCGCAACAAUGGCGAGAUCGUCAACGCUGCGUGCGUCAACACUGCCGCCGACAGACAAAUCACGCCCUCGACAAGAAACGGCCAGGACGUGCUUCUCGUUCAGCGCUCGUUCAGCAAUGGCUUCAGACCCGACCUCGUCAACAAGCAAGCCUGUGUUGGCUUCAACGGUACAGCCUUCCGCGCCGAGGACUGCGCUUCAAAGAACAUCGAGUUCGUGGCCCAGCAAGGCAACAACCUUGUCGCCGCCAAUGGCGCCUGCUUGAACGGCCACGAUGACAAAGCGCAGGUUACUGUCUCUGAACAAGGCCAAAAUUGCGCUAAAUUCACCACCACUACCGUCACACCCACGAACCCGUAA